AUGGACUUGUGGCCGGUGCCUCGUCUAAUGAAUCGUAUGAUGUACGACACCAUGAGAGAUAUGGAGCGUUUCGAAAGAAGCAUUUUCCCAUAUUGGAGAGAAGCUGAUCAUUCGGUACUUCAUGUUGCAAACGAGACUCAGAAGCUUGUUGAUGACGACAAAAAAUUCGCUGUCGCCUUGGAUGUUUCACAAUUUCGCCCGGAAGAGCUAAAUGUACAUCUGGAAGGACGUGAGCUGACUAUCGAGGGCAAACAGGAGCACAAAACAGAGAAUAGCGCCAUGCAUAGAUCAUUCACGCGUAAAUGGAUUUUGCCGGAGAAUGUGAACCUGGAGGCGAUUCGUACUCAACUGGACGACAAGGGUCAUUUGAGCGUGGAAGCGCCGAAAAACGUCGAAGGCCAGCCACAAAAGAGAAACAUUCCGAUCAUGGCAGCACCUAAGCCUUAA